AGGUGCGCUCGGGCUGUGUGCUGCGUGUGUGGCUGGGAGGUGCCGGUUCUCUCCCACUCCGGAGCCCCGGGCUCAGUGCGCAGAGUGUCGGGGGCCUCUCCGGGUCACACCGCUACCCAAUGGAGUAGUCGCAGAUAUAGGGCAGGAGCAGCAGCACCGGAGGAGGCGGCGGCCAACGGCACAACUUUUUCCUCAGAGUUUGGACCUAACGAGGAGUCAUCAUGAAGAAGCAGUUUAAUCGCAUGAGGCAGUUGGCCAACCAGACUGUGGGCAGAGCGGAGAAGACGGAGGUGCUGAGCGAUGACCUUCUACAGAUCGAGAGGCGUCUGGACAGCGUACGAAUGGUCUGCCAUAACUCACACAAGAAGCUCCUGGGCUGUUUGCAGGGGCAGCCAGGCACCGACACUGACAAGAGAUUUAAAAAACUUCCUCUGAUGGGCGUGUCCCAGACAAUGAUUGAUGGAUGUAAUAUGCUUAACGAUGAUACCCUCUUGGUAAAGACGUUGCUUUCAUGCGGGGAAGCGGAACAAAGGCUGGCCCAAGAACUCUCCCAACAUGAAGUACAGAUCGAGAAGGACAUCCUUGAACCUUUAAACCAUCUGGCAGAGGUAGAGAUCCCCAACAUACAAAAGCAGAGGAAACAGUUGGCUAAAUUGGUUCUAGACUGGGAUUCUGCCCGUACCAGGUAUAACCAGACGCAGAAGUCGCUGGGGAUGCAGAUGCAGCUGGGGAAGAUGGACUCUCUGAAGGAGGAGGUGGAUGAAGCGGCUAACAAAGUGGAGCAAUGCAAGGACCAGCUGGCUGCCGACAUGUACAACUUCGUCUCUAAGGAAGGGGAGUAUGGUCAGUACUUUGUCACGUUGUUAGAGGCACAAGCAGAUUACCAUAGAAAAGCACUAGCUGUCUUAGAAAAGGCACUGCCUGAAAUCCAAGCCCAGCAAGAUAAGUGGACGGAGAAACCAGCGUUCGGCACCCCGCUGGAAGAACACUUGAAACGCAGCGGCCGUGAGAUCGCUUUGCCCAUCGAAGCCUGCGUGAUGAUGCUACUGGAGACCGGCAUGAAGGAAGAGGGCUUGUUCAGGAUCGCGGCUGGAGCCUCCAAACUCAAGAAGCUGAAAGCCGCUCUGGACUGCUCCACGUCGCAGCUGGAGGAGUUCUACUCGGACCCUCACGCCGUGGCAGGGGCUUUGAAGUCCUACCUUCGAGAGCUUCCGGAACCUCUGAUGACCUUCAGCCUGUACGACGACUGGAUCCACGCUGGAAAUAUUUCAGACCCCAACUCGAAGCUCCAGGCUUUGUGGAUGGUUUGCCAGAAACUGCCCAAACCUAAUCAGGAAAACUUCAGGUAUCUGGUGAAGUUCCUGGCCAAGCUCAGUCAGAGCAGUGACGUCAACAAGAUGACUCCGAGCAACAUCGCCAUCGUCUUGGGUCCCAACCUGCUAUGGGCCAAACACGAAGGAACGUUAGCGGAAAUAGCGGCGGCGACGUCCGUCCACGUGGUGACAAUCAUCGAACCGAUUAUUCAGCACGCAGACUGGUUCUUUCCAGGCGAGGUGGACUUCAAUGUAUCUAAUGCCUUCGUGCCGGUCUCAACCAACAUGCCUGUGGCCAGUAACGAUGGCCAGUACGAGUUCGGCGUCAUGGAACGGAAGAGACCGUACAGCAUGGCUGUGGUGGACGGAGAUUUCCUGAAGAAAGAGGGCAUAAGCUUAAAACUCUAUGAUGGCCACAUCACCUCCAACUCCAAAAGAGGAGGAACGUUAAACCGGAAGCACGGUUCCCCGACAUUCCAUCCCCCGUUGCCACCCACCGAAGCCUCGGGGCAAGCAGACUACCAAUCGCCCCCGCUAGACAUCAGCGCCCCUGCCUCCGUCGCUUCUACAGACCCGGUGCCGACGCACGUCAACGAGGAAGCCAGCACUUUCAAGCCCAAAGAGCCCCCCACGUCGACGACCCCUCCGUUGUUGCGUAACGGAGGUCUGCAACCUUCUGGGGGGAGUGCAAGUCAAUUGGCCGCCGGUCCUGCCGCGGGCGCUGCGAACCCCAGUCCUCACUCCACGAGACGAGCUACUAAAAAGCCGGCUCCAGCUCCCCCCAAGCCUGUGGCCCCUCCGCCCGUGCAACCGGGAAAUCAGGGCUCGCCUGUUUCAGCAAACACCCCACCAUCCAUCUCUCCUAAGCCCUCCGGCGUUACCCAUAGUCCUGCCUCGACAGCGGGUACCACUAGCCAAGGUGGCACGGCUCCCCACCCUGCGUACUCGCAUGGAUCACUCCCCCGGCGGCUAUCAGGCAGCCAGCCCUUAAUACAUGCCCCUAGUCACCCCCCUCCGCAGCCACCCACUCAGCCCCCCGGUGUAUCCAGAACUGGCUCCCACCCUGUGGCCCCUGCCGCAGAGCCACCCACAACAGAACAGUCCCCUAGUCCUCCCCACUCACCCACUCCCCCAGAUACUCCUCCGCUGGGGGUAGAACAGCCUGGACCCCCGGAGGUCGCACAGACACUGCCGCCAACAGCGUGGACUGGGACACUUACCCGAGGUCGCCCCGUCCCCAAACCUCGAAUCCGGCCUAGCGUACCCCCUCCGCCACAGCCCCCCGGCUCACACAACACCCCGGAGGUGCCACCGAUGUCGUCUUCAAAGAUCAUCACCGAUCCUGCUGCGUUAAAUCCCCAGGUCCAGCCCGGUGCUGAAUCCGCAGCGCCCCCCGCAGACGCCCCGCCGCAGAACCCCAGCCACGUGGAAAACGACAUCGAGAGCACGGCGCUGUAGGCGAAGGGGGUAUUUUGCACUCCGACGCAUAGACUUUCUGGCCCCGUCGGUGGUCUCCGCAUCCAAACACAACAGCGAAAAGCUUUCUUUUUUUUCUUUUUUGGGGGUUAAAUAGAAGAACGUACAAAGUUUGAAUGACCUGUUGCGUUCUGCGAUGAAGUGACACCGGUGUGGCCUUAGGCUUGGGGGGUAUAAAGUGUAUCUGUAGAGCCCCAACCAACCUCUCCUUUAUAUUACUUGAUGCCGCUAUUCAAAGUGAUAAACCGAGCAGACAUUCCAGAGAAAAUGCAUCGUGGCGCCCGGUAUCCAGCCGGUUAAACGCACCCGCUGCUCCGCGCUUCCUUAACGCUCAUACGUUUAAUAAAGAAUAAUCCGUUUGGGGUCACUAGCUCACGGUAUGUAGAAUGGCAUUGAAGUCAGAGGCACAUGCGCUGCCGGCGCUCGCUUCCCUAAUAACCUUCUGGAUCUGACGUGGCUUCGUAACCGCUGGUGAGGUUGCAGACCGGGGUCUUCGUCUUCACUCCGCACACUCUUUAAGCGCCCGCCGUUAGCCGGGUUUUCCAUCGUGCUGGAACUUGGCCGGAACUCCUAGAAUUCCAUGCGCUGACACCCCGGCGGUCUCUUUUAUAAGGAUCAGUCCCACCUUCAUUCAGCGUAUUGAGAUCUUUUACACAUGGACGCAUACCUGGCCCGCUAAAACGACAUUUCAAUACGGAGGUGUUACCGCCGCCGCUACCUCGCGUGUUGCCUCGUAUGUUUUGCUGGACGGUUUGGGGGCUCCGCGUCUGAAAGCUCAGAUCCAACGAGUGUAAAUGUCCUUCUUUUAAGCUGUAGGUGCGUCACAUCCAACACUCAAGCACUGAAAUGGUUAAAGCCCAAGGUUUGCACCGGUUAUUAAUUUGCAUUUAAAAAAAAAAAAAGACUCAAUUAACCACGUCGCUGCCAGUGCUAGACUAAAGGUUGAAUGACUACUGUAUGGGCAGCGAGGGUCUUUUUUUGGACGCCGGCCUCCGAUUGCUUGGACCGUCUCAUCUGAAUGCCGUAUGUAUUUAAACGUAUAUAUAUAUAUCAAGUCAUAUUACAGAUACCACUAUAGAGAAGCAAUAUGACGGAGGGAUCGGUAUUUAAAAGCGGUUUACGAUAAAUGAUGGGGGUCUGUAGCUCACAGCAGCUGGAGGUUCGGAGGUCCGGAGGUCAGCCGCCGUCGGUUAGCUGGAAUAACGACCUAUGCAUUUUGCUUGGAAAUCACAAAAAAACUGUGGUCUUAACGCCUCUUUGUCUUAGGGGUAUUGCAGAGAGAAAAUAGAUAUAUUACAUCCCGCCUCGGUCGCCUUUUGAGGAUUAGUUUUAUAUUUUUUCAAAAGGGUGAUUUUUGAAGAUUUAUUGGCACAAUAAAAUGAUUUUUUUUUCUUUCUUAUAAGGGCUUUAUAUGUUAAGAUUUCCAGUCCUUUUCUUUUCUCUCUCUUGGUCGAAACACAUUUUUUUUUUUUGUUAAAAGCUGUUGCACCGGUUUAUAAAUAUAUUAUAUAUACAAUAUGUAUAAAGUGCCUCCUAUUUUUUGUUCAGUUUAGAAUAUUUUCCUCUUCUGUUUUUUUUUUUGUUUUUUUUUGACUGGGCGCUGAAGCGAAGCAAUUUGUCGUUCUUUGCUUAGAGUUGGAGAGACGAUAUUAUGUAAAUUAUAUAUUUUUGGCACACUUUAAAAUAUUUCUGUUAAAAUAUAUUUCCUGUUCCCAUGGAAAUUAAAAAAUGGUUGUGAGGUUAA